CAACAAUCAGCUUUCAGCUCCCCGCCUGAUUAUCCAGCUUCAGUGGUCCAAACCUUAAUCUGUUCCUACUCUAAUGACCACCUGCUCUGUUUGCCUCUUCAUCGCAGACUGAAAACCUGCUUUUUGAUCAAGUGGCAGGAAAAGUACAAGUCUGGCUGACAUCGCUCAAUGGAUUUCUGCACACUACCUGAAGCGCAAGUUGGGAAGACUGAGCUCCUCUUCCUUACAAGGGAGGCAUCUACGGUCCAUUAACAUUGAGAACUCAGUGGUUUCUCCAGCUCGAAGUGGAAGCAAUCAAUAUGUGACAGUGGAUGACCAGUUGACUUUCAGUGCCACAUCAUUCACCUCUAAAUCAGGAGGAUAUGGCUGUUCCUCACCAAGGAAGCAAGUGCCAGUGGAGAAAAGAGAGAUGAAGACUUUAUCCCUCCUCUUUCUCCUCCUCCUCCUCCUCCUCGCCUCAGGAGCCUGUGACGAUGUCAAGUACAUCUCCAAGAGGAACUCAGUGGACGGAUGCAUAGACUGGUCGGUGGAUUUGAAGGAGUACCAUGUUCUGGCCGGUGAGCCUGUCCAGGUCAAAUGUGCCUUGUUCUACAGCUACAUCCGGACAAACUACACCAUGGCCAUGAACGCCAAGCUGCGCCUCAUCUGGUACAAGAACAAGGGAGACGCAGAGGAGCCCAUCAUCUUCUCAGGCCACAGGCUGAGUAAAGAAGACGACUCCAUCUGGUUCAGAUCUGCAGAACUGGAAGACAAUGGAUUCUACACUUGUGUACUGCGGAACGCCACAUACUGCAUGAAAGUGUCCAUGUCGAUGACUGUGGAGGAGAGUGACGAGGGGAAAUGUUUCAGCAGCAAAAUCCGCCAUCUGGAGAAAGCUGAGAUAACCCACAGCAAAAUGAUCACCUGUCCUGAUCUAGAAGACUAUUUGGCUCCAUACAAGCAACCGCAGAUGACCUGGUAUAAGGAGUGUGAGCAGGUUAAAUGGAGGAGCUCCAUCAUAGUCAACACCACACAUAUCUGGAUUCCUGAGGUGGAGGAGGGCGAUGGGGGAAAUUACACAUGUGAAUUACAGUAUGGAUCCAGACUGGUGCGGCGGACAACACAACUCAAAGUCACAGCUCUGCAGACCACUCAGCCUCCUAAGGUCCUUUAUCCCCCGGAGAGACAAGACACGGGGAUAGAAAUCACGCCUGGUAUGCCUCUCAGUCUGGACUGCAAAGCGUUUUUUGGCUACAGCGGAGAGAACAGGAGGCCCAUCAUCUACUGGAUGAAAGGAGAAAAGUUUGUGGAAGAGCUUGCAGGACAUAUUAAAGAAAGCGAAGUCAGGAUUUUAAGGGAGCAUUUAGGGGAGAAGGAGGUGCAGCUGUCCUUAAUAUUCGAUGCAGUGGAGGAGGCAGACCUGGCCAACUACACCUGUUAUGUGGAGAACCAUAUAGGGAAGCGCAGCGGGAGCGCUAUACUGCAGAAGAAAGAUAUGUAUCGUCUGGAGUUGGCUGGUGGUCUGGGCGUCAUAUUGUUGCUGCUGGGGGUCCUGACGGCACUUUAUAAGUGUUACAACCUGGAGAUCAUGCUCUGCUACAGGAGACACUUUGGAAGUGAUGAAACUGAAGAUGAUAACAAGGAGUAUGAUGCCUAUCUGUCCUAUACUAAAGUGGACCUAGACUCUUUGGGCAGCAGGUCGAGCAGUGACGAGGAGACAUUUGCUUUGGAGAUACUGCCGGAUGUUUUAGAGAAACAUUAUGGAUACAAGCUGUUUAUACCAGACAGAGAUCUGAUACCCAGCAGUACCUACAUCGAGGACUUGGCCCGUAGUGUGGAGCAGAGCAGACGUCUAAUCAUUGUUUUGACCCCUGAGUUUGUCGCCAAGAGAGGGUGGAGCAUCUUCCAGAUAGAAACACGUCUCCACUCCAUGCUGGUUACCGGAGAGAUCAAGGUGAUCAUGAUAGAGUGUGCAGACCUGAAGAAUGUCAUCAACUACCAAGAGGUGGAAGCACUUAAACAUACAAUCAAGGUUUUAUCCAUCAUCAAGUGGAGGGGUCCUAAGAGCAAUGAACUGUCAUCUAAGUUUUGGAAACAGGUGGUCUACGACAUGCCUGCUAAACGCAGAGAGACUCUGUCCAGACGCCAGGUGAUGGACUCCGGUGAACAGGGCCUCUUUGGUGACCUACAGACCACCGUCUCUACCAUUGCCAUGACAACCACCUCUGCCUCCCUGGCACCCCCUAAUGACAGUCGGCAUGGACAUCACCAGGUUGCACUGGCCACAGAGAUCCCUGACUACAACCAGAUGACCUUGCCACUGGGAGGCGGUCACGCUGCCACAGCAGCCCAAAUGAGGCAUUUCUGCCGCAGCUAUGAGUUCCAGCUUCCCACACAGCCUUCCUCCAUGUCGCCUCCUCUCCCACCACCAUCCACCGUGCAGUUCUCUACUCUGGGCCCCGGUGGACGCCAUGUUUAUUGUAACAUCCCUAUGACACUGCUGAAUGGACAGGUGCCUCAGAGCAGUACACUUGGGAAGAAGCCAGAACUCCACCUGAACAGCACCUUCGUUCCACUCACCAGCAGAGAACUAAGCUCUGACAUCUGGUAGAAGGACUGCUGAACUGGUACUGGAUUACAGACCAGUUUACAAACUGCUUUUACAAUGGCUUUGGACAUAGGGUUGGUCGACUGGUUUUUCAUUGGGAUUUUGGACUGUGUACAGCCUUGGUUUCCAGGACGAACUGCCUGCAGACUCGUUUUGGGCCUGUUCAUGCUGUGCUGUGAACGUAGGACUGCUCAAAGACUGUAAAAGCCUUGGAUUCACAACGGUUGGCUGCAGACUGACAGAUUCAGACAACAAAACUGAUUGUACACUGUUUUGGAACUACCAUCUGGUCAUUGACUGAUAUAGAAGAUGCGUAGCCACGACCACUGGGGAUGAGCCAAAUUAUACAACAUGACUGGUCAUCUGCAUUCGACUGGUGCAGAGAGUUUGUAGACAGGUCUGGACAUGCUGAUGUAAUGAACCUGAAAAAUCAGUGAAUAGGUCCAGGAUACUUAACCAGUGAGUAGGUAUCCACAGACAGGAGUACUCCAUUUGUCACCAAGUUGGACUUUGGAGCACAAAGAGAAGCGAGUAUCUUCUGACUGCAGUCUGCUCUCACACCAGCUGUGUGCCCAGAUACCCAGUUGAUUCAUCAGCUUUUUAACCGCCCGGAAAUAUCGGUCGCCUGUAAAACAAAAGUAGCGUGAUCUUAGAAUGCCAUUCGAUCAUUCUCAGUGUGUCGGUCUACCUGUCAUCUAGGUGACCUGUCAGAGGCAGACUUCAAGCAAUGAUUUUGGAAUACCAGUUGACCUUAAAACAACAAGUCAACCUCUUGAAAUACAGUUCUUGGCUUGUUAGCAAGCUUAUGGCCAGGUCUAAGAGGCAAAAAUGGUUGACCUGAAAGGAAUGGAUUCCAGCAAGGAUAUCGAGUUAAGAAGUAAUUGCUUACCUUCAUUAAAGAGAAAGCACAGUUAGCUGGUGUAUAUGGAAAUGUAGCUAGUUGUUAAAACUGGCUGACUAAAUGGCUUGUUACCUCUUGAGGUUGCUAAGAGGCACACAGAGACUGAAAACCAGCCAGCUCUUCACCUUGUAACUCCGUAAUCAGCAACUAGUCAACUCAUCAAGAGGUGAACUGGCCAAGAGGUAACCUACCAACUUUUACCAUCAAGCUAAAAGCAUAAAGGACUUGACUUUUUCUAUUUGCAUGACCACCCAUUUAGAUAAAAAAAAAUAAUCAAAUAAAUAUAGAUAAAAGAGUAAAUGACACAAUCAUUUCUCGCAGCCUCCUUUAACGUGGAGGAGAAUAAACGUCUUACGUUGAUACAGUAUGUUUGUUUUCUGUCCAGCCAUGAAGUAUUGCUUAAAACUGAUAAAGGGAAAAAAGGAGGCGUCCCCUCCAAAAAACAUCUUGAUUAUUUAUUUUAUUUUGAUUUAUUUAAGGGUUUUAUCCUUCUACGGUUGGUGAGAUGUUUUGCCAGGCUUCAUUUUUAAUGUUUGUUUGUUCCAAUAAUCUCUGUACAGCUUCCAUAACUUAUGCAUAGACCUAUAAUGACAGUGAUUUGUUUCCUACAGUUUCUGUUAGCACACACAUCAAUUAUGUGAGACCCAGAGCCCUUUUUUGCUUUCAUUCUGUUCAUUCGUUCACUCUUUUCAUCUGGACGUAUGGAUGGAUGGAUGGAUGGAUGGAUUCAUGGAUGGAUUCAUGGAUGGAUGGAUGGAUGGAUGCUCAUACAACCCUGCUGAUGAACUGAUGUUUUGAGCCUGAUUCUCUGGAUUCGAGUCGAAGGGGGCUUCACUGCAUACUUAGCCAGACUCCAAGCUGAACCAGACCACAUUCUUCUUUGUGAGCUUUAAGAAACCAACAUUAUUACCAUAAUAUUUAAGCAAAGUGAAUAAUGUUUUGAAUUACACAAAGCUACUGUCAUUGUCUUAUUAGAACCAAUGAAUUCUGGAUAUUUGAGAUUGUUUGAUACAAUAAUUAAUUAUUUGAGUUGUUAUAUUCAAUGGCAAUAUACAGUAUAGUGGUUGUCUUUUGAUUUCUGCUGAUUUCUUUGACUAUUCUUUGGAUAUGUUGGUUGAAAUAAUUUAACUGAGAGCAAAUAAAAAUCAUAUGAGUUGUUUUAUA